AUGAACCAGACAUUCAAGCGCUACAAUGAUGAUGACGGAUCAUUACUGGGGAUCGACAUUCAAGUCCCCGGAGAAGAGGGCAUUCAGUGGAGUGAUGACGCUGAUGUCGAGGCGAUGAGAUUGGCGCUCUAUCAAGCGCAAGGAAGCGUGCGCAGCGCAAAAGACGAGCGCACGUGGAAAGAGCGUCGCCAAGCUCAGCACAACGCGUGGAAGCCCCGCAUGGCUGCGUUAAAGACUAUGUAUUUGAAGUGGAAGUACAAGUGGCAGGGGAAGGAGGACUCAGAUGGCGCCGAGGACGGGCCCCGAUCAGCGUCCGAGAUUCCCGCUUCCGAGCCGAUCCGCGCGACCGAGAAGCCCUCCGAUCAAUCUUCCCCUACCCCGCAGCCGCAGCCGAACGUUCAGGUCCGCAAGGUGGCGUGCAUAGACCUGAAUACCCUCCAAGUACAAGUGGACUAUGAGGUGGCGAGCGACCAGUUUCCUUGCGAGGCGCUCGCCGCGCGCGGCUAUCUCGCCACAACGCCUUCACAGCCGGAGCUCGCCGUGUCAUUUGACACAUUGGAGCUAUUCCGGACCAUCAAGCUAUUCAAACCAUCCUUUAGCACGGAGGCGUUCGCAAAGAUGGCGUGUUACAAAUAUGAGAUGGGCUACCGCCGGCAUUAUCGCACAGCGCUGGGGGACGCUUACGACAUUUACAUUGAGAUUCUCGAGGACGUCCAGCGUGACGUCAUGUCGGCGCUCGGUCGGGAUACGCCGGACUGGCGCGCGAUCCACGGCUGUCCGCCAUGCGGCUAUGAACUCGAGGACGAGGAACCCACGGAGUGGGACAAGAAGCUGGGCAUGGAUGGUGGCAAUUCCCUCAAGAGGCUCGCACGCAGCACGCAAGAUGUUGCGGACACCCACGCCAAUGAGGUUCCGAAGCGCCAAGAUGAGGUCAAAGCUAGGCCCGUCGCUAGCGCACUAAGCGACGGGAGUGAUGCGGACGAGCCGGCACCACGAUCAGAUCCUAAAGAUACCGAGGGCGAUCCCACGGAUGGUGCCGACGGCGAACCCUCACCAUGCGCGACAAAUUGGAAGGCUGCUGAGGCCGAGGUGAAGAAGCACGCUUACGGCGCCUUCGAGGAGACUGGAAUCUUCGCGUCGUGCUGCAGGCACGGGAAGAUGCUGUGGAUUGCGGACAUGGUCAGGAGCGGGGAAAAAGCUAAAUAUGGCCUUUCUAUCGUCAACAAGAUCAACCAGUGCCUCCCAGGCCGAAAGCUCUGUGGGUACGACAUUGGUUGUGUCUUCGAAGGCACAGUUGCUCGCAGCACCCUUGGUGCGGUGUUCCGCAGCAGUGGCUCGCGCUUCUGUUGCCAGCUUCUCCAUCACCCCAACAUCAUCAAGGGCGCCGGCAUUGAAGAUCUGGAGAUGCUCGAGCGCGUGUUCAGCGGAUCAAACUCGCUCGCAUCAAUUGUUCGCUACGCUAGUGGCUACCGCCGCCACCUGCUGAUUGUGCAGUACUUCCGCCAGUGGGACUACGACAAGUACACAAAUCUGGGGCGCUUCCUCUUCAACAAUUUCGUCCAAGCGCUCCGACUCGUGGAUGCAGGCGAACUCAAUCUCGACCUGCUUCUCCCCCGCAUCAAUGUCACGCGCAACGACCUCGCAAACCUUGCUGCCGAGGAGUCCGCCUACUUCUCUACCCUCCGCGAUGAGCCGGGGUUGGACCAGAGCUCCGUGGAGUACGUCGAGAAGCUCGAGUACCUUCGUUCCUUGGAGGAUGAGUAUAGCCGUAACCGAGCGCACUCUAUCGCUCAAGGCCCACCGCUUGCGUUUCAGGCACCGGAAACAGGCCCGAUCACUGACUACAAUGCCCAGGUCAAGGCGACCAGGGCAACGGAAUCGCGUUCACGCGUGCUUCUUGAGCGUAUUGAGGCCAUCAGCAUGGACAUCACCGACUACGAGCUCACCUGGGAGAUCACACGCUGGCAGCCCUCCGAUCUGAACUACCAGAGCACUCUUAUGUACAUCAAGACGCGUAAAUACCAGAAGGCUCUCGGAAGAUUGCAGCGCCUGGUGAUUCAGCGGCUCUUCGAGCUGCACAAGCUGAACUUGGCUGGUACAGUACGAACACACCUUUCCAAGAGCUUGCAGAAGCGCUCAAAGACUAUCCGUACGGCCAUCAAAGCGUACAACAGCGCUGCGACAGCGGUGGGCAGGCCGCGGAUUGAGUGGGGGGACAUCGGCCACUACUCGUUCCUUAGCGAGUUCGCCCUCCUCCAAGGCACGGCAAAUGACAUCGCCGGCAAAGUUUCCUGGCGUCGGAUCGCUCGGGCCCGGGAAGAGAUCCAGGCCGUUUACCGGGAGUCUCGGAGACUCCACACUCACCUCCGCGACGAGGAGAUCCUACUCAUCCUGUACGGGCCCGUCUUGGAGUACGCCAAACGCCAGCGCAUCGCAAACGCGAUCAACCUCGCCUGGGUUCAACACCUGCAUUCCCACGAGAAGUUCGCCGGCCAUCCACGCCCGGAAGAUGCCAAGGCCGUCGCCAUCCUCAAUGAUGCCGCGUUCAGCGGCGACCUCAACAACAUCUGGGAUGCGGCGUGGCGGAUGCAAGAGGCGAACGUGCAAGUCCCAACGUUCCGCCUCUACAGCAUCCGCAAGGCGGGGAUUCCCAACGGCCAGACUGGCAUCUACGUUGGACUGCAUUGGUAA